GAGAGAGAGAGAGAGAGAGCUCCAUCCUCAGCUUUCAGUGCUCGGAGGAGAGGAGGCUCGUGCACGCGCUAAGGUGGACAUCACGACACGUCUUGCUGCUGUUCUAACACGUUUUCCGUGAUGAUGUGAAGCUCUCCGAGGAGGACACACACACACAAAUGCGGCUCGGGUGAUCUGCUCGCGCGCUUGUUUCUGGAUGUGGACGUGUUUGUUUUUCGGCAGCUGUCACACUCUCGCGCGGCUCUCCGUCUUCUUUAAGUCCGCCUGAAGUGACGCGAGCGCCGUGCGCGCGCUCUGCGCUCCGGGUGAGGAGCAACAGCUCGGUGCCAAACAAGCUCCAGUUGUUAUUUCUUCCUGAUUACAGACUAAAGAGAGCUGUCACGCCGCUCAGGAGGAGGGCAGGAAAUGGCUACUUAAAAAACCUGAUGCAAAUUCAGACUUUUAAACCCAAGCGCCGGUCCAUGUCGAGUGGCUCUUAUUGUUGAGAGCAUCCAUGAAAUUAUACUGUCUGCGAGUGAGGAUCCAAUUAGCAGCAUCCGGAACCCUGAACAGAUCCGAGAGCCUGAAGGUACCAUGCAGAAAUCUGGACGUUAUUGAAAGGUGAGAGCCGUGUGUGCUGCUGAUAAAUUAAACGGAUCUGUUGAUUGGAUGUGUGAAUGGAGCUCCGAGUGAUCCACCUGACGCUGACCGCGUGAAGACCAUCAUCUCGGAAUAUCGCCGAUCGGAAUUCUGGAAGUGCUCCGAAUGAACACCGCCAAGACAAUGGAUGUGAAGGUGGAGCCGGCUGCAGAGAUAGACAGCGAUCAUCCGCCUCCUCUCCAGGUGUUCGCUCUGACGUCCACGCUGCACGGCAUCGCUCACAUCUUCUCCAACGAGAGGGUGACGGUCAGAUGCUGCCUGUGGCUGCUCUUCUUCCUGGGCUCUCUGGGCUUCCUGCUGUACGUCUGUAUGGACCGAGUUCAGUUCUACCUGGAGUUUCCCUACGUCACCAAAGUGGACGAGAUCGUGGCUCCUGCCAUACUGUUCCCCGCCGUCACCAUCUGCAACCUCAACGCCUUCCGCUUCAGCAAGGUCACGCGCAACGACCUCUACCACGCGGGGGAGCUGCUCGCCAUGCUCAACUCCAGAUACGAGAUUAGGGAUGUUCACCUGGUCGAAGAGAGCGUCCUGGAGGCUCUGAAGAUCAAAGCUGACUUCCAGAGCUUUAAGCCUCGUCCGUUUAACAUGCUGGAGUUCUAUAACCGAACAGGCCAUGACAUCAGAGACAUGCUUCUGUCGUGCCACUUCAGGGGCAAGCCGUGUCGGCCCGAAGACUUCAAAGUGGUGUUCACACGCUAUGGGAAGUGUUACACAUUUAACUCGGGUGAGAGCGGUCCACCACUGCUCAGUGUGAAGGGCGGGAUGGGGAACGGCCUGGAGCUCAUGCUGGACAUCCAGCAGGAUGAAUAUUUACCUGUGUGGGGAGAAACAGACGAAACGUCAUUUGAAGCAGGGAUCAAAGUUCAGAUUCACAGUCAGUCUGAGCCACCGUUCAUCGAUCAGCUGGGUUUCGGCGUCGCUCCGGGAUUCCAGACCUUCGUUUCCUGCCAAGAGCAGCGGCUGGUGUUCCUGCCACCUCCGUGGGGAACCUGCAAGAUGAAUUCGCUGGACUCUGACUUCUUCAGCACUUACAGCCUCAGCGCCUGUCGCAUCGACUGUGAGACACGCUACCUGGUGGAAAACUGCAACUGUCGCAUGGUGCACAUGCCCGGUGAUGCCCCGUACUGCAGCCCUGAGCUCUAUAAAGUGUGCGCAGACUCGGCACUCGCGUACCUGGUGGAGAAAGAUAACGAGUACUGCAUGUGUGAGACUCCGUGCAACACCACACGCUACAGCAAGGAGCUCUCUUUCGUCAAGAUCCCCAGCAAAGCCUCGGCAAAAUACCUCGCCAAGAAAUUCAGCAAGUCCGAGAAGUACAUCACAGACAACAUUCUCGUCCUAGAUGUGUUUUUCGAAGCUUUGAACUACGAGACCAUCGAGCAGAGGAAAGCCUAUGAAGUAGCAGGAUUGCUGGGUGAUAUCGGAGGACAGAUGGGACUCUUCAUCGGAGCGAGCAUUCUCACCAUUCUGGAGCUCUUUGAUUAUCUGUAUGAGGUAGCAAAAUACAAGUUGUGUCGCUGUUCGGACAAGAAGCACGAGAACAGCAGCAGCGAUCACGACACGGUGAUGGGGCUCAACGACGUCAAGUGUCACGUCAGCCAGUUCCAUUAAUCGCGAGAAACCGGCGCAAGCAGCGUUCCGGCUAAACCGAGUGCAGAGCUGCCCGAUGAACAGUCCUGUACAUCCGCCUUCUCCUGACGCAUAAUGCAGAUUAGAUUUACAUCACUGUCAUUAUGCAGAUUCAUAGAUAUACAGUGCAUAUAAAUAUAAAUAUAUACAGUUAAAAAAAAAAAGACCAGGCAAUCUGUGAGGAUGAUGGCAUUUUGAUGGCAAUUUCAUGAAUUUCUCGCAGGCUUUCCUGAAGAAACGAGACGUUUUGAGAAAUGCUCGAAAAGUUUUUUUUCCCUCUCAUUUUACUCAGUUUCUGUGUCGUGAUUGUCUUUGCUGUCGAUCGGUUUAAGAAACAGACUCUCCAGAGCCUGAGGGGCCUUUUCUCGUGUGUUUUCUGACCUUCAAGGCUUCAAAGUGUUUGACGUGUUUUAGAUUUUUGAGAUUUAUCGUGUCAAACGUUACUGCUAGAAGAUUUUCGACUGGUUGCAAUUUAUACAGUAUAAACCGCGAUGUCAGGAACACGAUAAAGGGUACACAUUUGACAUAGAGCCGGGGUUUAUAAAUGAAAUCUACACCAACAUUAACACUAACGUUUACCUCAUGUAAGAGAUAACACAGAGGUUUCAGAAAAUAACAUACACCGGGCUUGAUUUCUGCAAUAUAGCACUGAGGUGUUGCUAAUUUGUUCGACUGUAAAACAAAUGUUUUAUAUUUUAAAGCUACUUUCUCUCAAUUCCCUCCUAGCUAGCUCUGCUAUCACACAACUACUGCUAAGUGCUAAUUCCUUUGUUUAUUCAGCAUAAACAAGUCAUUUAUUUGUAAUUAUAUUACACAUUUAUUUAUUUAUAUCAUAUUUUCUGUCAACCAAUUGAUAACUCAUAGGUUUUAGUCAGCCAAUCCUGUCAGAAUAAAACGUCCUGUAACCAUAACAACCACCGUCACUGACAUUAAGGUAAGUUAGCUAGCUAGCUCGGGUUAAUUUGCAUAUCGAACGUGAUUAUGAACCUUCCGUGACGCAGACUGGGUCGUUAUUUAUGCUCGUUGUCAUGGUUACAUAGAAUAGUUUCAAAUAUUGCAGAUUUCGUUUUUGACUGACAUCAGAGUGUGUAGUGAUAUAAGAAUAGAUCCGACACCUACCAGCCAAUCAGAAGCAAAUAUUUUGCAUAACUAAUGAUGUAACAUUUUCUGUAUUAUUAUUAUUAUCGUUUAUGAUUAAAACAACACACACAUUCCAACGUGCCCUCCUUGAUUAUGUCAUCAGUCUGCACCUGUUCACAGUGGGACUCUGAACCGGAGACUCGGACAGCAGCUUUGCAUGACAGUUCUUGACGUGUGUGUGUGUGUGUGUGUGUGUGUGUGUGUGUGUGGUUCGUCUUUCGGCAUGUUCACCGUAAGAAUUGUAAUGCAAGUAGGAGCGCACGUGUGUGUGUGUGCGCGUGAUCGUGCGUGUGUAUGUGUUUAUGUGCAUGUCUGAGAAUGCGGGUAUAUCCAUGCAUGUGUGUAUCUGUGUGUGUGUGUGUGUGUGUCUGUUAUGUUCUGUGUCCUGCAGGGCGGAUGAGUAAAGACAAAACAUGAGAUGAGUUUUUAGACCUUGAUGUCAAGCCAACUGAAAAUCCGACAAAUUUCCGUAUCCAGGCUCUGCGCUUUGUUUGAUACCGUGUGGUGUUGGAGUUGCAUCCUGCUAGCUCUGUGGUGCUUGUGAUGAUUUAAGUGCAGUGUGUGUUAGGGAUGAGCGAUAUGACAAUAUAUAGACUAUAUUGCCAAAAGUUUUGGGACACCCCUCCAAAUAAUUGAGUUCAGGUGUUGUUUUUCGGGGGUUGGGCUCAACCCCUUAGUUCCAGUGAAAGGAACUCUUAAUGCUUCACCUUCAUACCAAGACAUUUUGGACAAUUUCAUGCUCCCAACUUUGUGGGAACAGUUUGAGGAUGACCCCUUCCUGUUCCAACAUGACUGCACACCAGUGCACAAAGCAAGGUCCAUAAAGACAUGGAUGAGUGAGUUUGGUGUGGAGGAACUUGACUGACCUGCACAGAGUCCUGACUUCAACCCCAUAGAACACCUUUGUGAUGAAUUAGAGUGGAGACUGUGAGCCAGUGCUCGCUCACCUCAGUGCCUGACCUCACAAAUGCGCUUCUAGAGGAAUGGUCAAAAAUUCCCAUAAACACACUCCUAAACCUUGUGGAAAGCCUUCCCAGAAGAGUUGAAGCUGUUAUAGCUGUAAAGGGCGGGACGACUCCAUAUUACAUUCACGUGCAUGUAAAGGCAGACGUCCCAGUUUUGGCCUGGCUCACAGUCUCCACUCUAAUUCAUCCCAAAGGUGUUUUAUCGGGUUGAGGUCAGGACUCUGUGCAGGUCAGUCAAGUUCCUCCACUCCAAACUCACAAGUUCCUCCACUCCAAACUGAAGCAUCAAGAGUUCCUUUCACUGGAACUAAGGGGCCGAGUCCAACCCCUGAAUUCAAUGAUUUGGAGGGGUGUCCCAAAACUUUUGGCAGUCUAGUGUAUAUAUCAUACCAUGGUACUUCUAUAAGUAAUAAUAAUAUUAAUCAUACAAUGUAUGUACCAUGAUUGAUAGGAUUGUAAAGGAUUACUAAUAACUUACAAACUGCUGGCUAAACAGCAUUCCUUUUAACAGCUUGUGAAAAACUUAACAUGGGGUUAAAAAAGAAAUACGUGAACAGAUAUUGAAAAUUCUGAAGUUUAACAUUUUACAAUUUUUAAGGUUCAGAUAGAUAGAUAGAUAGAUACUUUAUUCAUCCCAAAGAGAAAUUCACAAACAUGUGGAUGAAAAGGGAUCGAACCCACAACCUUGGCAUUAUUAGCACCACACUCUAACCAACUGAGCUAACCAGCCAGCACAUACAAAACAUUCUGCUCAGAAUUUUUAAAAAUGUGUCCUCAUUUCUUUUCUUUUUUUUCACUGUUGAAUAAUUUAUUUUAUUUUAUAUUUUUUGCAGUUUUUCACAGGCUUUCUGAGCAAAAUGUUAACAAUUUAUAAUUUUAAAGGUUCACUCUUUAAGUAAAAAAUUGUCUAAAUCUAAAUAUUACAAUAAAAUAUGUUUACAAUUUUUUAAAAAAUAUAUAGGAUUACUAACAAACUCUGAUAACAAGUGUUGAUUUAAGAAAAAUCUUACCAAAUCUUCAAAAUAAAAGACAAUUUUUUAAAUCUGUACAAUUCGCAAAUUUUAACGGAAUUAUAGAAAUGAUCAGAAACGAUCCUUAAACAAGCAAACUGCAAAAAAAUAGCAGCACUGAGAUUUUUUUUUUAAUAUGACAAACUGAAAUAAAUAAACACUGAAAAGGAAGGAAAAUAAAAUAUAUAUAAUUAUACAACAUUUUUUUACAUUUUAAAGAUUAAGUACAAAACUGUAAUUGACCAAAUUUGACCUAAUUAAAUAUAUAAACAGGGUUUUAAGUACAACACAGUAUUAUAAAAAUUCAGUAUAAAGCAAAUCACCAAAUCUGCCACAGCUAGACUUUGUAUCUGAAUUAAAAUAUCUUUAAAUAAUACAAUCCCAUUGAUGUCUAAAAGGUAUAUUGUGGAAUAAUGAAUCACGAGAUGCUAUUUCAUAUAUAUAUAUAUAUAUAUAGCA